AACUUCUACCCAGAGAAAAGGCCUUGUCUGUGCUGACGUAGAGCCGACUUUUCUUCUUUUGGUUCCUGACAGGUGUGUGAUAGCCAGGACUGUGUAACUGUUCAGAAAACUCUACCAACAACGGUGGUUUCCUAGCACCGAGGAUGGACGAAACAACAACUUUGCCAGAUGUAGUACCAGUGGAGCUGGUAGUGGGCGUUUCUACUGCCUGUCUGGUGUUUGCAUCGCUGGCUACGAUAGCCGUGCUGUGGAAGAUUGGCGGCCUGUGGUGUACAUCCGACUGCUGCCACAAGGGUUCCUUCAAGAAAUGGCUCGCAAAAUGGACAGGGAAAGCCAAGCAUCCCUCCUACAGUCCUAUCAAAGAUAAAUCUGAGUCACUGGGGAACGGUCAGGUCUGUUCUCCUACCUACAUGGACCCUGCCACCACACGGAGACAGAGUGCCAUCCCCAUGGCCAUGGCAGAGAAGGUGCCAUUAUUCACCAUCCCCCAGCAGGCCGAGAGGAGCCCUCCCCACCCUGCCAUCAUGCCUGAUGUGCUGAGGGGAGGAUAUCUACAACCACCUGCAGUACACCAGCAGCAGGUUGGCAUCCACCAGCUGCUGGCCUCCCCCAUGGCCCUGGCUAUGAUGCCUGUCAUUCCACCCAGUCCUCAGCUACAGCACAGGUCAUUAUCUAUGACUAACCUGGAUGUCCUAGGAGAACAACAAGAAGAUGUGUCGAGAUCUCGGACCGGCUCAUUUUCAGAGACCAGGAUCAGGUACAACUUGUCAGACAAUGAUGAGACACUGUCAGCACCACCCAGCAGUUCACCCUCACCUGCACCACUCAAGAAAUUCCUCCUAGUGGGAGAGAACAGCCACAACAGCAACAACUCUCCGUCACCCAAACGUGCCAGGAGACUUUCUAUGGAGGAAAGCUGUCAGACGUACGUCUAG